AUUUAGAAGUGACACGUAACGGAGCGAGAUAGAAACUUUCACCAGCCAUCUGCCUAAUAUUUAAAUUCAUUCUUGCGAUAUGAAUCAAAAUUGUCAAGGUUCAGCUGCUGUUUUGACAGGCAACGGCUGAAAGCCAAGCGUUUGGUCGUGCUUGAAAUAUAUAAACCGUGAUAUAAACCUUUAUGUUUUGAUAUAUAAAAGUGCAUCAAAAUAUACGACACGUGAUAUCGUCAAAUGUUGAGGAAACCUUUCGAAAAUACCUGGUGAUUUUAUUAUAUGUGAACUGACAAAAGCUGUAUCAAGAACCUCAGUGUAGAUCUUUUCAAUCAAUAAUGCCAUCCCAAAAAGCGGUCCUGGCAAUUUCUGUGAUACUGCUUCAGGUAUUGGAUAUCGCUAUAAUCGUAAUGGUUGGUGUCUGGAUGGGACAUUAUCGUGGUGGUUUUGCCUGGGAUGGAACUUUCAAAGAAUUUAACUAUCAUCCAGUGUGCAUGAUAGUGUCAAUGAUAUUUCUAAACUCCGAAGCAAUGAUUGUUUUCCGAGUGUUCAGUGAAUGGAAUAGAUUUAAACUUAAACUAUUGCACAUGUCAAUCCAAGUUAUUGCAUUUGCUUUUGGCACUGUUGGAUUGAAAGCAGUUUUUGACUUCCACAAUUUCAUGGGUUUUACAAACAUGUACAGUUUGCAUUCUUGGACAGGACUAUUAUGUUUUAUUCUAUUUUCAUGUCAGCUUGCUUGUGGUUUCUUUGGUUUUCUGUAUCCUGUGUUUCCUGAUGGACUUAGAAUGGUGUAUCUGAAAGUGCACAAGUAUUUUGGUGCAUCCAUAUUUUUUCUCGCAGUUGGCACCAGUUUGACUGGUAUUAUGCAAAAAAUCCGCUUUGCAUUAAAAACAGACUAUGAAUCUCUUCCCCCAGAAGCUGUUUUUGUAAACAUCCUUGCUCUUGGUGUGGUGAUCCAUGCCGGUCUGGUGUAUUUUAUUGUUAGCAAUGAAGAUUUCAAGCAAACUGUUGCACCUGAAGAACAACAACGUUUAAUGGAUAUUUCGGGUGAACAAGACGAAAAUGAUUAGAGCCAUCCAAAAUGGUUUCAGUUGUCUAAACGUAAUGUAAAAACUAUGCCUGAAAGCAUGUUUGUAUUUGUUGUCAUAAAAAAUACAUGUUCUU